AUGUCAAAUAUUAAAGUUCUUGUUACUGGAUCAACCAACGGUCAAUUCCGAGAGUUAUUUGCAAAAGCACAACAGAUUAACGAAAAGUAUGGCCCCUUUGACAUGCAUUUAUGCGUUGGCAACUUCUUUGCUUCGAAUACAGCUGAUGAAGCCAUUGGAGACUUGAUCAAUAACAAGAUCGAAGUUCCCUUGUCAACCUACUUUCUCAUGGGAGAAACACCUUUCCCGCCAGGUGUUCAACAACGUAUUGAUUCGGCUGACGGUGAAGUUUGCUCUAAUCUUUAUUAUCUGGGAGACCGAGGUAUCUUGACAACAUCACAGGGUAUCAAAAUAGCUUUUUUAUCUGGUGUUCAGCCAAAGGAAGAGCAAGAAGAUAGCAAGGAUAAUGAUACACACUACACCAAGGACAUGGUUGAUAAGUUAUGCCAGACAAAAUUACCUGCUACUUUACCUCCAGGCGUAGAUAUACUCAUGACCUGCGAAUGGCCCAAAAAUAUCAAAGAAUUAUCUGCAAUGUCAGUGGAUAUGGAUGACAGUAAAGCAUCACUGUACGUAUCUCAGGUGGCUGCAGCAUUAAAGCCAAGAUAUCAUUUUGCAGCAUCCCAGAACGUCUUUUAUGAAAGAGAACCUUAUAAGAACAUUGUGAGUGGACUUGGAGGACGAGAUGAGAGACUAGCAAAGCAUGCCACAAGAUUCAUUGGGCUUGGUGAUGCAUUUAAUACUGAAAAGCAGAGAUGGUUUUAUGCUUUCAAUUUGGUUCCUAUAUCACAAGCACCUUCAGAAGCACUCGAAACUGUACCAGAGAACACAACGGAAUUCCCAUUCAGCUCGUUAUUCACUAAUAAGAGAAGACACGAGGACGAUCAUAAUGGUGCAUUCUUUUGGGGAGAGGAACCAAAACGACCAAAGAUGGGUACAGAAGUGCCAAAGGGUAACUAUGUGUGUAGACGAUGCAAUGUACCUGGACACUAUAUUCAAGACUGUCCAAUGUCUGCACCUAAGCAACCACCUGAAGGAUAUGUCUGCAAUAUAUGUAAAGAGCCAGGGCACUUUAUUGCUCAAUGUCCUCAAAGACAACAACGACCUCCACCUGGUGAGCAGCCUUCACUUGAUUCCUGCUGGUUCUGUUUAUCAAACCCAAAGGCUGAGAAGCAUCUUGUGUUAUCAAUUGGUGAUGAACUUUAUGCUGCGUCGGCUAAAGGUCCCUUAAUUUCCUCCAGAGAUAAUGAAUGCCGUGUACCAGGCACAGGGCAUGUUUUAAUUAUACCAGUAACACAUUAUCCUACGUUUGGAAAGAUCCCUCUUGAUUCACAAGUGGAAGUGAUUGCGGAAUUAGAGAAAUACAAGAGUGCGUUAAGAAGAAUGUUUGAAAAGUACGAUCAUGAUAUGAUUACAUUUGAGAUAUCGAGGGAAUCAUUUAGAGGAAUGAGUCAUGCUCAUGUUCAGGUUAUUGCUAUUCCCAAAGGCAAGUGCGAUCUUGUUGAACAAGUGGCUAGAGAGCAAGGACAAGCUUUUGGAAUGGAUUUUAUAGAACAAUUGCCUGAUAACCCAACCAUCCCUUAUUUUAAAUUAGAAUUACCAGAUGGAAGAACGUUGGUACAUGUUAUCAAGCCAAAAGAACGAUUCAACUUACAAUUUGGCAGAUUGGUUGUAUCUCAUGUUUUGGGAAAACCUGAAAGGGAAGACUGGAAAGCCUGUCAACAGACUGAAGAAGAAGAGAAGAAGGAGUCUGAUUCAUUUAAAGCUGCCUUCAAGCCAUUUGAUUUUACUUUGCAAUAA